AUGCUUAUAAUUCACAGACUAUUAAGGCCAAUUAAAAAUUACAAUCGCACUAAUUGUAGACGUUCAUUCACUAAUGUAACUAAUGUAUUGAAUUCCACAGCUUCUAUUGAAAAAAAAACAGCAGUUUCCAAUAAUAAUUUAAAAAAAGAGAUUGAAGAUUGUAAUAAGUCACUCUCCAAAAACAAUUUAAUUCAAGUACAUAAAUUUCUAGAAAAUAUAACUUUUGAACAUUUUAAGGAAGAACCAAACUUAGUGUCUAAGUUAGCAAUCAUUUCUGUAAAGAAAAAAAUUUUUUCUAGGCCCUUUUUUGAAAUUCUUAACCACGAUUCCCAUUUGUUAAUUCCUAAAUUAUGUCCAAAGUAUCUAUCUCUUCUCCUAUCAUCAAUUGCCAAUUCAUAUAAUAAAUAUAAUGAUAAUAUUUUAGUAGGUAAAUGUAAAGGGAUUAAAUACAACAGGAUUAACAGAUAUGAAAAGCUAAUAUUGCAAUCCAUUAACUAUUUAGACGAAUCAUCAAAAAAUAAUUUCAUUGAUUUCACACCACUGGAUCUAUCCCUAACGCUUUCUUCCCUGGUUAAACUCAACACUGGUAAAUCCACAACAAUUGAUAUUUCAAAUGGGUUGAAUAAUUGGUUAAAUGAUUUAAACAUAGACAAAUAUCCAGACAACACAUGCCAAUCACAUCACUUUGGAUUAAUCGGAUUACACAGUAGUAAAUUUUCUAGAUCAUCUGAAAUCAUACCCAAAAUCUUUAAGCACGUAAAAGUAAAGGAUAUUACACCGAGUAUUGCAAUAUUACUGCUCGGUGCUAUGCAUAGACACGGUUAUACAUCAAUUAAAUUAUCUUUUAUAUUAAUUAACAUAGCACUGAAGGAUGGUAAUUUAUGGACUAGAGAAAUUGUUUGGCUAAUUAAACUUCUCAAUUUACAUUAUUCAUACAAUCUAAAUCAUUAUAUCAUAGAUAUUAUCGACUUGCUAAAAAAACAUUAUGACUGGAUGAAUAUAACACAAUUAUCAUCGGUUACAGCAUCUCUUACUCAACUAGGCAAUAAACUAUCAAAUAUUCAGCCAAAUAAUUUGAACCUACCUGACAUCAUCUUAAAAGAGAUAACUUACAUUUCAAAUCUGUUGUAUGGAAAUUUAUCUAAAACAAAUUACUUGGAUGAAAAAGCAACACUAAAUUUGUUAACAUUCAUUUCCGAUGGAAAAAAUAAAUUAACUCAUAAGAUUGCAAAGUUUUUAGAUAAAAAUUAUAGCAAAUUAAUCCCCUUAUAUACAAAAAGGAUUAUUAUCCAUACCGUAACAAAUAACAAACUAGUUAUUAUGGGUUAUGACAUGAGAACUGAACUUUUGUCUAGGAUUGACGAAUUUUUGCCUUUUGAAUUGCUUAAAGUUAUCGAAGAUAUUGAAUUAUGUGAUGAAUUUGUUGAAAGACUCCAAUAUAAUAUUUAUAACAAUCAUAACAGCAACAUAAAAGUUAUAGCUCGUUUAUUGUCAACAGCACCACGAUUUACCAUUCCAAUACCCAAUUUGAGUGAACUAGAAUCCAAUAUAUCACCCACAAUAAUGGUACAUUUAUGCCUAGGAAUCAUCGUCAAUGUCAAACUACACACACUUAUGAAUAUGGAUUUUGUCAAUAAUACUAUUAAAUACUGUAUCGAUUUGCCAAUUUCCAAAUUUUAUAGUAUAAAAUCCACGGCCAGAUUUAUAGGAUUUUCUAGCCCACCGGAUUUGCCAGAUAACCUACCUCUGCUGCUACUAGUAAUUUAUCACUCCUGUGUGAUGUAUCAAAUGGCCUCACAAUGUCAUUUUUAUUUCAGAAAACUGCAGAUUUCACUCAAUUACGAUGAUGGCAAUUUAGAGGAUGACAGGGAAAUAUUUGGACGGGAAAAUGAAGCGCAAAGAAAUUAUAGUGAAAUUGGUAAUGAUAUUGCAUGUGGAGUUGUUGAGUGCUUAACUAAAUUAAGCAAUAAAACAUUGAUAGUUAAGCGCAGGCAUGAUGUAUUCCACAUAGAUAUUAUUUUGUACCAGCCUUUCUACAACUAUUAA